CACUCACCAUGGGGCGCCUGGAGGUUCUGUUUCUUGGCCUCACCUGCUGCUUGGCAGCAGCUUGUGCCGCAAAGCUGGGUGCCGUGUACACAGAAGGCGGCUUCGUGGAGGGCGUCAACAAGAAGCUCAGCCUCUUGGGUGGUGACUCUGUUGACAUCUUCAAGGGCAUCCCCUUUGCCACCACCAAGACCCUGGAGAAUCCCCAGCGUCACCCCGGCUGGCAAGGGACUCUGAAGGCUAAGGACUUCAAGAAAAGAUGCCUACAGGCCACCAUCACCCAGGACAACACCUACGGGGAAGAAGACUGCCUCUAUCUCAACAUCUGGGUCCCCCAGGGCAGAAAGCAAGUUUCCCAGAACCUGCCUGUGAUGAUCUGGAUCUACGGGGGCGCCUUCCUUAUGGGGUCUGGCCAAGGGGCCAAUUUCCUCAAGAACUACCUGUAUGACGGAGAGGAGAUCGCCACUCGGGGCAACGUCAUCGUGGUCACCUUCAACUACCGUGUCGGACCCUUGGGUUUCCUUAGCACCGGGGACGCCAACCUGCCAGGUAACUUUGGCCUUCGAGAUCAGCACAUGGCGAUCGCCUGGGUGAAGAGGAACAUUGCAGCCUUUGGGGGCGACCCCGAUAACAUCACUAUCUUUGGGGAGUCUGCUGGAGCUGCCAGUGUGUCUCUGCAGACCCUCACGCCAUACAACAAGGGUCUCAUCCGGCGAGCCAUCAGUCAGAGCGGUGUGGCACUGAGCCCCUGGGCCAUCCAGAAGAACCCACUUUUCUGGGCCAAAAAGAUUGCUCAGAAAGUGGGGUGUCCCACAGAUGAUACGGGCAAGAUGGCUAGAUGUCUGAAGAUCACAGAUCCCCAGGCCUUGACAUUGGCCUACAAGUUGCCCUUGAAACGCCAGGAGUACCCUGUUGUGCACUAUCUGGGUUUCACCCCUGUCGUCGAUGGAGAUUUCAUCCCUGAUGACCCUAUCAAUCUGUAUGCCAAUGCCGCUGACAUCGACUACUUAGCGGGCAUUAAUGACAUGGACGGCCACCUCUUUGCUACUGUCGACAUGCCCGCCAUCGACAAGACCAAACAGGAUGUCACAGAGGAGGACUUCUACAGGCUCGUCAGUGGACACACUGUCAGCAAGGGGCUCAAGGGUGCCCAAAGCACCUUUGACAUCUACACUGAGUCCUGGGCCCAGGACCCAUCCCAGGAGACCAAGAAGAAGACAGUGGUGGCCUUUGAGACUGACGUACUCUUCCUGAUUCCCACGGAGAUGGCACUGGCCCAGCACAGAGCCCAUGCCAAGAGUGCCAAGACCUACUCUUACUUGUUUUCCCACCCUUCACGGAUGCCUGUCUAUCCAAAAUGGAUGGGGGCAGACCACGCUGAUGACCUCCAGUACGUCUUCGGAAAGCCCUUCGCCACCCCAUUGGGCUACCGGCCCCAGGACAGGACUGUCUCCAAGGCCAUGAUUGCAUAUUGGACCAACUUUGCCAGGAGUGGGGAUCCCAACAUGGGCAACUCACCUGUGCCCACACACUGGUACCCUUACACCUUGGAGAACGGCAGCUACCUGGAGAUCACGAAGAAGAUAACCAGCACUUCCAUGAAGGCGCACCUGAGGGAGCAGUUCCUGAAAUACUGGGCCCUGACAUUCGAGGUGCUGCCCACAGUGAGUGGGGACCAGGACACCCUCACUCCCCCAGUGGAUGACUCGGAGGCUGCCCCUGCGCCCCCUGUGGAUGACUCCCAGGAUGCUCCUGUUCCACCUACAGAUGACUCUCAGACAGUCCCUAUGCCCCCUGCUGAUGACUCUCAGGCUGCCCCUGAGCCUUCAACAGGUGACUCUGUGGAGGCUCAGAUGCCUGCUGUCAUUGGCUUCUAAAUGUCUUGUAAGCCUUGGCCCCAGGGUCCUCUUCUUAUUAGCUCUCCCUCAAUAAAGCCUCAAUUUUGCC